CGCCUGCCGAUUCUCAGCCACCGCCGCCUGCAGAUUCUCCCCCGCCCUCGUCUCCCCCGCCACCGGAGUCUACCCCUCCAGCCUCCCCGCCUCCCAGUCCACCCGCUGAUUCUCCCCCUCCACCGGCCGAAACAGCGCCAGUCCAAGACUCUCCCUCACCCCCACCACCAGAUUCCGCAACACCUGAACAUUCCUCUCCAACUGAUUCUGCGGCAUCUUCAACCGCCUCGCCUCCGCCACCACCGGGAGCCAUUCCCUCCCCCUCGGCUCCUGGCUCUCCAAAUGCUCAUGUCUUUUCUCCGCCCCCAUCCGCGGCCGUUGGUUUUCCUGUCCCACCAGGUGAGGCCGGGAAACCCAGGUCCCCUGAUCUUGUGUCGCCUUUUUCUCCAGUUACGGUGUCAGGUAACAAGUCGUCGGGUUCCUCGUCGCCGGUCAAUAAUGCUUCACCGCGGUCAUCGAAUUCAAGUGCGAAUAUAUCUAUCGUUGCUGGGAUUAUUGGUGGAGGAGUAUUGAUUUUUGCUCUUCUCAUUAUUUGCUUAUUAUGUACGAAGAAGAAGAAGAAGAAGAAAGAACAGUAUUACAACCAUGGACUCCCACAUAAAGGCGGUAACCAAUACCAACAAAACCAGCCGAUGGACCACGUCGUUAAGGUCGGGCAGUCACCUGCCCUUAUGGCGGGGUCAACCCCCGGUGGUGGCUGGGGCGCACCACUUCCACCACAUAUGGCCCAUAACAACAACGAAUUCAGCCCCAAUCAUAUGCAUAUGCAAACUCCAUCGCCAAUGGGUGGUUAUGGGGCCAAGAGCGAGUUCACCUUCGAGGAGCUUGCAGCUGCCACGAGCGGAUUUUCUCAACAUAAUUUGUUGGGACAGGGCGGGUUCGGGUUAGUCCAUAAAGGUAUUUUAGCUAGUGGAAAAGAGGUGGCGAUUAAGAGCCUCAAGACCGGUAGUGGGCAGGGAGAGCGAGAGUUCCAGGCGGAGGUUGAAAUCAUCAGCCGUGUGCAUCAUCGACACCUUGUAUCCCUCGUCGGGUACUGCAUUGCCGGCACGCAGAGAAUGCUUGUCUAUGAGUUUGUUCCCAAUCAGACGUUGGAAUUCCACCUUCAUGGAAAAGGGCGGCCGGUAAUGGACUGGGGAUCUAGGCUUCGUAUUGCCUUGGGAUCAGCCAAGGGACUGGCUUACUUACAUGAAGAUUGCCACCCUCGGAUUAUCCAUCGUGAUAUCAAAGCAGCAAACAUUCUCCUCGACUUCAACUUUGAAGCCAUGGUGGCUGAUUUUGGAUUGGCUAAACUCACUACUGAUAAUUACACUCACGUCUCUACACGUAUCAUGGGAACUUUUGGGUAUCUUGCUCCCGAGUACGCGGCCAGCGGGAAGCUAACGGAAAAAUCUGAUGUUUUCUCGUUCGGAGUCAUGCUCCUAGAACUUAUCACUGGUCGCCGGCCGGUGGAUCCUACAAACAGAACCAUGGAAGAUAGCUUAGUGGAUUGGGCAAGGCCAGUCAUAACUAAAGCAAUGGAAGAUGGGAAUUACAGUAAACUGGUUGAUCCACGCCUUGAGGAUAAUUAUGUUCCCCAAGAGAUGGCUCGAAUGGUUGCUUGUGCUUCUGCAAGCAUUCGCCAUUCGGCAAGAAGACGUCCGCGCAUGAGUCAGAUUGUACGUGCACUGGAAGGAGAUUCGUCAUUAGAGGACCUCAACGAAGGUGGCAAGGCAGGGCAAAACGCGCUCGCUAGCUCUACCUCUAACGUCACUAAGUCGAACAUAACCCAUGAAAUUUACGACACUGGUGCGUAUAAUGCAGACAUGAUGAGGUUUAGGCAGAUGAUCAUGCCGAGCCAAGAAUACAACAGCAGUGAAUAUGGAGCGACAAGCGAGUACGGGCUCAAUCCAUCCUCGUCCAGCGGCGAAACAACCCCUAAUAAAAAGCUGUAGAGCUGAGCAUGACCAAAAUGAUGUUGCAAACGUCCAACAAUUUUCAUUUGGCAUGCUUCUUGCUGGCAUGCUACUUAAAAUUGCAAACCAUGGAGAGCUUUUAGGACUUCAAAUGUCAGAAAACGAGCCGAUUGGGUGUACACAUCUGGCAUUCAUGCUAGUCGCACUGAUCGGCCGUUGAUCGAGCAGACAUGUCAUUUCUUAUUUAUAAUAAAAAAAAAUAUGAUCCUAAUGCAUGUACGGAAUUGAUCGAAUUGAAUUUUC